GGGCAGAGAAGUCCCAAUUGCGCGUAAAAUUGGCACGUGCGAGUCGCCGUCCAAACAAUAUACGUACGAUUCCAGUUCAAACUCCUUUCCUUCAUCAUACUACUUCUCUGUCUCCUUCGGAGAACAGCAAAGCGAACUCGAACUUUUCCGAUUCGACUCACCAAGAUAGGGUAGUGCUAGGAUUUUGAUCGGGGACGGUGGAAACGAGGUGAAGUAGAGGUCUUUUAACGGUUUCGUGAUGGUGCAGUUGAUGAGAAACGGUAAAUCGGAACAGCAGAGGGAGAAGAUGGCGGCUCCGACUGCGGCGGCAGUUAAGGUGGAGGUGGAGGAUCAUUUGGAGGAAGAGCACGGACCACUCCAUAAGCGACCCAAACAAAACUUUGGACUGGGAGGUUUUACUGUGCCAGCUUCCGGGUACAACCCCUUGGAUGAGCCUAGUCCACUGGGUUUGCGUCUGAGGAAAAGCCCAUCACUUUUGGAGUUAAUCCAAAUGAAACUCUCCCAAUCGAGCAGUCCUAAAGUUGGAAGUCAUGCUCAUGGUAAAAGACAGCCGACAGGUAGUGCUGCUUCUGGUGAAAAGCUGAAGGCUGCCAAUUUCCCCGCUUCAAUUCUUAGGAUUGGGACCUGGGAGUAUAAAUCAAGAUAUGAAGGAGACUUGGUGGCAAAAUGUUAUUUUGCAAAGCAUAAGCUGGUCUGGGAAGUUCUUGAUGGUGGUCUUAAGAAUAAAAUUGAAAUUCAGUGGUCCGAUAUUAUGGCUCUGAAGGCAAAUUACCCAGAUGAUGCUCCUGGAACUUUAGAUGUCGUGCUGGCUCGGCAACCUCUUUUCUUUAGGGAGACUAAUCCACAACCUCGGAAGCACACUCUUUGGCAGGCGACCGCAGACUUUACUGGCGGACAAGCGAGUAUACACAAGCGGCAUUAUCUGGAAUGUCCACAAGGCUUGCUAGGAAAACAUUUCGAAAAACUUACUCAAUGUGACCCUCGCUUGCAGUUCCUUAGUCAGCAAGGAGAGAUAACAUUAGAUUCACCAUAUUUUGAACCGAGAAUCUCUGUGUUGGAUGAUCAAAAUGAAGACAAUAGUGAAUUGGAUCUGAAUAGUGAAAGAAGUCCUUCAUUUUUCAGUUUAAAGGAUGCUGCUUCUCCAUCAGGGGCUCAGACUUCUUCCUCAAAGAAUGAUCAAGAUGCUCCUGGUAGACCUUUAGAAUCUUAUCGUCAGGAAACACCCUCACCGUGCUCAGCUAGGGACACAUGGACAGUUGAAGAUAUAAAAAAUGGUGGAAUGGAGCAACUUAAGGUUCUCAGCAACUGGGAACAGAUCAGGGUUCCCGUUCUCCGCUCCUCUAUGUCAAUGAGUGAUUUAGUGAGCCACCUUGAAAAUCGGAUAUCAGAGCAGGGAUCAUUGUCCAAUCCAACUCUUUCCAGUGAGGAAUGGGAGGGUCUCCAGAUCUUGGAUGAUAUCAACCGGUAUCUGUUCAGUGACACCCAAAACAUGCCAGACUCAGAUGAGAAAUCACUCGUGUCUAGGGUCAAUUCACUCUGCUGCCUCCUGCAGAAAGAUACUGCUGUAGAUGCAAAUGUGCAAUCUAAAACCGACAAUUGUCAGGAUACAUCUUCGGUGCAAGAGAGAGCAGAUGAAUCUAACGGUAUUGGUGUGCCAACUAGUGAAAACAAGGUUAGAGAGAAGUGUAGCAUCUUUCAAGAUGAGUUCAAUGUCAUCCACAAUCAAUCGGCAUCCAUGUCCAGAAAGGACUCGGUUGGAGAUUUGCUGCUCAAUCUCCCCAGGAUAGCUUCUCUGCCUCAGUUCUUGUUCAAUAUUUCAGAAGGUUUUGAGAACCAAGCUAGAUAAUGACUUUCGGGUAAUUAGGUAGCAUGUAUAUUAGUAUGUAUAUACGCCUUGGUGAGUGUACAAAUUGAUACUAAUAAUUGUUCUUCUCUGAACUUUGCUGGAGUCUGGGGAUUCUGAAAUUCAGAUUGAUGAUGAAUCCUGUAAAUCAUGUAAGCUGCUGGCCCUGAAUCUUUGUUUACGAGGUAUUCCAAUUUCCACCAUGGUAAUCA